AUGCCACGAAGGAGGCCCACGCUCGGGCCGAGGGCGAGCUCCGCGAGGCGCUGGAGGCGGUGCAUGCCGGGCUCUCCGCGGGCCUCGAGGCCCACAGAGGCGCGGGUGCCACCCGCGCAGAGGUCGCCGAGCUGGAGCGCUCGCUCGCGGCCGCCGCGGCCGCGGCGCGGACGUGGCACAGGCCGAGCGCAGGGGCCAAGACGGCCUGGACGAGCUCGACCGUCGCGUGCGCGAGGGUUUCUCGACCUUGGCGAUCUCCAGGAGCUGCGGGACGACAUCGGCGCCGUGGCGCAGGCCGCCGAGGACACCUCCGCAGGGCUUCAGACGCUGGCCAGGGACGUCGCCUUCGAGCGGGCCGCGCUGUCGGAGUACCGGCAGGAGCAGGGCGCCCUGUCCGGCAAGGUGGCCGCGGCCGCGCGGUCGGUGGGCGAGGUGCGCGACGCGGUGGAGGGCUGGAGGGCGCAGGCCGACGCGCGGUGCCAGAGGCACGAGCAGCAGCUCGCGGACCUGGGCGAGUUCGACCGGCGCUUCCUGGAGCAGUGGAAGCGGCGGGCCGAGGCCCAGGAGCGGGGCCGCGCCCUCGCCGCCUCGGGGCACGGGCGCGGCCGCCGAUGGCACGGCGGCCGGCACGAGGGUCAGGAGCAGCUCCCUCGAGGGAGCACAGCACCCUGA